AUGGGAAUCGGACAGUCCAGCAAGCCCCCAGUCACGGACCAGACAGAUGACGUCAACUUUGACCACUUUCAGAUACUUCGGGCCAUUGGGAAAGGAAGCUUUGGAAAAGUGUGCAUUGUUCAGAAAAAAGACACAAAGAAGAUGUAUGCCAUGAAGUACAUGAACAAGCUGAAGUGUGUGGAGAGGAACGAAGUGAGGAACGUCCUGAAGGAGCUGCAGAUCAUGCAGAACUUAGAGCACCCUUUCCUCGUCAACUUCUGGUACUCGUUCCAGGACGAGGAAGACAUGUUCAUGGUGGUGGAUCUGCUUUUGGGAGGAGACCUGAGGUACCACCUGCAGCAGAACGUGCACUUCUCAGAGAGCACUGUCAAACUGUACGUGUGUGAGCUCGCGCUGGCCCUGGGAUACCUGCGCUCCAAGAGGAUCAUACACAGAGACAUCAAACCUGACAACAUCCUGCUGGACGAACAUGGUCAUGUCCAUCUCACAGACUUCAACAUUGCUGCUAUUGUAAAAGACGACCUAAAGGCAACAUCCAUUGCGGGAACCAAGCCAUACAUGGCCCCAGAGUUGUUCCAAUCGUUCGAAGGGUCUCACCCGGGCUACUCCUUCUCUGUGGACUGGUGGUCUCUGGGCAUCACAGCGUACGAGCUGCUGCGAGGACAGAGACCAUUUGUGAUGAGGUCCAACACGCCGGCCAGUGAGAUUCUGCAGACCUUUCACAAAGUCCACCCCAGUUACCCGGCCGCCUGGUCCCUGGAGAUGAAGUCCCUGCUCAGAAAGCUGCUGUGCAUUGAUGUCCACAAGAGGAUUUCGUGUCUCGCCGAGCUGCAGGACCUGGACUACAUGUCGGACGUGAACUGGGACGCGGUGCUCAGCAAACAGCUCGCUCCUGGAUUCAUCCCCAAUAGCUACAUAAACAGAAACGAGUGGUUCAUGUUUUACCUACACACUCCAAUCUACACAGUGCAAAUCGACACAAUCUAUAGUGGGGAUUUAACCACAGAUUUUGGGAAACGACGGCUAAACUGUGAUCCUACAUUUGAGUUGGAGGAGAUGAUUCUGGAGUCUAAACCACUCCACAAAAAGAAGAAACGACUGGCCCGAAAAACCAAGGAACAAGGCUCAGAUGGAUCACCAGAGAAUGGACAGCUGCAGCAGCGUCUGGAUAACGUCCAGAGAGACUUCAUCAUCUUUAACAGAGAAAAAUCAAAGAAGACCACUCUCGACUCUGAAACGACAGAGUUGUCCAUCACAGAGAAAAACAAGGCCAUAGAGGACGGACAAAACAACAACGUGGAGCCGGUGUCUUACGUAUCAGGAUAG